AUGGCACCGUUAGUGGCCGUGGCACUUGCCUUGUCGUUCAUAGUCCGAUCUUCCGUUGUCGCAUCCCCCCACCUCCGCCGCCAGACUACAACUAUUAUAUCAACUGGAAACCCAAUUCUUGCCGAUGGAUUUAUUUACUCAGCAGACCCUGCGCCGAUUGUAAUAGAUGAAACCGUCUAUAUUCUAUCUGGUCGAGACGGGGCGGGUGCUACUGAAAAUGGCUUUAUCAUGAAUGAAUGGAAGAGUUUCGAGGCCCAAAACCCGGAUCUGAGUGGAGGUACAGCUUACGCAGGUCAGGUUGUCCAGGGUGCCGACGGCAAAUUCUACAUGUAUGCUCCAGUCACACAAGCCAACAGCGGGGCCUCGGAUCCCUUUGCUAUUGGGGUAGCUGUUUCAAGCGAUAUUCUCGGUCCCUUCACUGAUGCCCGCUCUUCCGGUCCGAUCAUAUCGCAAGGCGUGCCGUCUCCAGGUAAUACCAUCCAGAACAUUGAUCCAACAGUUUUGGUUGAUACGGAUGGCCGGGUGUUUAUUUAUUUCGGCACCUUUGGCCAGCUCCUGGGCUAUGAAUUAGAGUCAGAUAUGAUUACAAUCAAAGGCGCAGUCACCAAGGUCAACUCUCUCACGGGCUAUUUCGAGGCUCCAUGGCUCAUGAAACUUGUCAGUACCUACUACAUGCUGUAUGCAGCCAAAAAUGCAGGAGGAAGUUCACCUUGUACGCCAACCAGCCAUCAUGCCUGUAUAGCCUAUGGAACAGCGUCAGGCCCCCUUGGUCCAAGGACAUUCCGCGGCAUCGUUCUUGAUAUUGUCUCAUCGACGACAUCUCAUCCUGGUGUGUAUCAACUUGGCAAUGAAUGGUUCAUCACAUACCAUACGCGCGAUGCAGUGGGUGGUACUCAUUUCCGGCGCAGCAUUGCCUUCGAUAAGCUCACAUGGGAUGAUACGACCUCUCCGCCUUCAAUUCUAACAGUGGUGCAAACGCAUCGACCAGCGUCUGCCAACGAGCCAACUCGUAAUAUCGCCCUAUGUGCCACGCCAUCAUCUACAAAUGCUACUCCAAUCCAGUAUUGGAUCAAGGCUAUCAAUGAUGAGCGGGUCGAAGCAAACCCAUUACCGCCUGACUACUGGUGCUCGUACGCCGCAGAGCAAUCGCCAGAGACAACGGUGGAGGUUAAUGGUGCAACCAUGGCGUUUUUUGCAGAUCAACCUACGGGAUCAAAUAUCGGGGUCCCGCCGCCAGCGUCAUGGAAGCUGGAGUAUCUCAUGUCUGCAGGGUCGUGGACGGCGGUUUCGGUAACAAGUUCUGGGGCGUAUCCGACCAAUGUCACUGAUUCGCCGGAAGAAGUCAGCUUUCAGACAGUCUCAACUACUUCUUUAAGGGCCAUUCUAAUGAUUUCUGGCUGGGGCGGUCAGUUCGGAGGAGUAGGUAUCAAGGAAUGGGCAGCACUUGCGCCAACUACCUCAUCAUAUAAGGAUCUAAAAGCAUUCGCGAAAGUAUUUUACUUUUGAAGAAAUAAAACAUAUACUGACACACAGCACUAUUUGGAAAGUUUUAUUGACAUGCAGCACAUUAUUCUUACCCCUCGACCAACUUUUUCACGUAAAUUUCUCUUCUCUUUGAGAAAUUACAUCGUCGCAUCUUCUCGUAAAUACUUUUCCAGAAAAUAUCGCUGCCGCUUAUCAAAUCC